AUGCCCGCCUUUGGGUCCCAGGCGGGCGCCACGCCCACCACGGCAGGCGACGACGCGCAACCCAUCUAUGGCGAGAGGGGCUACAGGCGGAGGAAGCUGGCGGAGAUGGCUGGAAGCCUGUACCGUACCGGCCAGCAGGCCGUCACCGACAUGCGCGAGACGUACGUCCAGACGCGCGCCAGAAUGGCCGAUACGGACACGGAAACCCGCAGCCACAUUCACAUACCCGGUGCCUUCCCCGACGCCGCCAUCACGGUACAAGGCGACGAGCACCUGGUGCUGUUCCCCUCCUACGCCAAACGCCACACGAAACGCGAGAGCUCCAAGCUCCAAGCUCAGAACCAGAUGCAGGAACAAGACGGCCCUAUCCGCGACGAGGACUAUUGGCGGCAAGAGUUUGAGCGGCACGAGGACGAACGCGCUAUUGCCGACGUCGACGUCCGAGGCUGGAUGUACAACCCGCAGAGCGGCCCCAUAGGUCGACGCAACCGGAUCCUCAUCGGCCUCGCGCGUCAGCUCAGUGGCAUCUCUGCUCCUCGAGCUGAGGCCGACAGCACGGACCCCGCCGGCGACGCACCGCCGUCCCAUCACCAGCUCCACGAAGAGCAGAGGGAGCAGGAAAAGAUUGACCAGGAAGCCGCUAACAUCGAGCGGAGGGGUCGCCUGGAGAAGCAGAUCGCCGGCGCCGGAGGCUAUAGCGAAGAACCAUUUGGCAGCACCGCCGUCGCUUCAGAGUCAUUCUACUCGCGAAGGUCACGCCGGCGAGGCAGCCAGACACCGGAGUCGGCGCCGACAAGUCCGCUUUUCGGCCCCAAGCAGUCCAACGUCAACGAGCUCUCGGAGGCCGAGCUCACCCUGGCCAACGCCAACCUCAUGGCGCGCCUCGCGCCCUUUAUGACCACGCCGCUCAUCGGCCUGCCCGUCACCGUCUUCUUCUACAACGACUCGCAGUCGCAGUCGCGCACCGUCCUGACCGACGACGCCGGCCACUUCAACCUCCGCGCCGCGCUCGACUUCGUGCCCACGCACGUCCGGGUCCUCGGCAACGAGGACCUGUCGGCGACGCAGGAGGUCAAGAUCAUCGAGCCGCGGGGCGUGAGCCUCAUCAGCGACAUUGACGACACUGUCAAGAAGUCCAACAUUGCCAGCGGGGCGCGCGAGAUCUUCCGCAACACCUUCAUCCGCGAGCUUCGAGAUCUGACGAUCGAGGGCGUGCAGGAGUGGUACACGGAGAUGCACGCGCACGGCGUCAUGUUCCACUACUGCUCCAACAGCCCCUGGCAGCUAUUCCCGGUGUUGGCGAGCUUUUUCAAGCUCGGCGGGCUGCCGCCGGGGUCGCUCCACCUCAAGCAGUACUCGGGCAUGCUGCAGGGAAUCUUUGAGCCCGUCGCAGAGCGCAAGAAGGGGACGCUGACCCGCCUGCUCCGCGACUUCCCGGACCGCAAGUUCCUGCUUGUCGGAGAUAGCGGUGAGGCCGAUCUGGAGGUCUACACGGACCUAGCCGUCGCGAACCCGGGUCGCAUUCUAGCCAUCUUCAUCCGCGACGUCACCACGACAGAGCGCCCGGGAUACUUUGACGCGGCGUACGACCUCACAAGAAAGAGGUUCGGCAGCCUCGCCGUGGACGACGGUAGGCCGCCGCCGGCUGACGGAACUAGCAGCAGCAAGCCGCGCCAAAACUCGGCGCCGGUCGUCUCUCCAAUCGAGCAGAGGCCCUCGGCUGGCCCUGCCAUGGGGACCUUGAUUGACUUUGCGGAGGAGCCGGAGGAGCUCAAGAUUGAUGAGGCAGCUCCUCUCGCGCAGGUGCGCAGCAGCAAGAAGCCGGUUUCGGCAGUGGAUCUGCUCGGUCGCAAGGCUCCUCCGCCGCGUCCCGCCAAGCCGGCAGCGCUGCGGGGUGCCACUUCGGCCACGAGCCACAACGCAGACGGCCGCGGGCUGGGCAUCCGGGCCGCGGGCGCUAGGAACGCCGGCGACGCCCCUCCCCCGAAGCCCCCGCCACGCAUCAAGACCACGGAACCGUCGUUCGUCGCGCCCAAUCUGUCCCGACGAUCGUCUUCCAAGGCCGCCAGCGAGAUGGGCGACGGAACGACAGCGCCCUCGUCCCCGGACAUCGCGCCGCCGCUACCCCGACGCCGUGGCCCUGCGAGCCUGCGCAACCUGAGCCCGCGGCUGUUCGGCCAUAACCGGGGGCUGUCGUUCAACUCGGACGUUGACGACUUUGACCCGCUGCCACCGGCGGCCAACCCGCUGCCGGCCGCGACGGGGCUCUCGUGGUACAACCACCGGUCGGGGUCGCGCUCGGGGGUUGCGACGCCCGUGUCGUCCGGGUCGCCGACGAUUGGCGCGCAGGGCGUCAACAGGAAGCAGGACAUGUGGCGACGGCGCGUGGCGAGGGCGCACGAGCAGCUGGAGCAGCUGGGCGUCGCGCUGUAUACCUGGCGAAGGGGCCAGGACGUGUCGGCUGAGGCGAUGGGGAUCAUCAAGCGCGUGCUGGAGGAGGGCCAUUGA